CCUGUGACUGAAACUCUUCACUUAGAGAGACAUCAUAUCCUAGAAGAAGCUCAUCAUGGGAAUCCAGGGUUUGACGAGCUUCAUUGAUCAGAGUGGAACAUUUUUAACAGAUGAUCACUUCAGACACAGCAGGUUGAUAAUAGAUGGUAAUAAUAUCUUCCACUUUCUUUAUUUUAACUCAAGUGUGGAUUUGAAGCAUGGAGGGGAUUAUGAUAAUUUUGAGGACCAGGUCUGUGAGUUCUUUAAGGCUCUGAGAGAUUGUGGCAUUGAACCUUAUGUGGUUAUAGAUGGAGGAUCCGACCACACCGACAAAAAGUUUGAAACUCUCCGACAACGAGCUCAAACAAAGAUCGACAACUUGUCCAAGGGGCUUGAGAGGGACAGAAUAUUACCAACCCUCGUCAAACAAGUCUUCAAACAGGUCCUCUCCAGCCUGAAGGUGCCGUUCGCACAGUGCAUCUUUGAAGCAGACCAAGAAAUAGCCUCCUUGGCUCAAAGGUGGAACUGUCCGGUCCUGUCCAAUGACAGUGACUUUUAUAUUUUUGACAUCCAGGCAGGAUAUCUGCCCUUCUUCCAUUUUCAGUGGCAGAACGUGUCUGUGCAAGGGGGGAGCUCUCAAAGAUACAUUCCCUGCAAGCGAUACACCACAACAAGCUUCUGCAGACAAGUCAACAUCAACAGACAGCUUCUCCCAGUCUUCGCUGCCAUCGCAGGAAACGACUAUGUCAACUUGACUAACAUGGGCUUUUCCAUCAGGUGGAAAGGCUACCCGCCGAUGGAAUCCAAUCGGAAGCCAAGGGUUGUCUUCUUCAACAGGUUGCUGGAUUGGCUGGCCCGUUUCCAGGGACAGCGGGAAGCCUUGGACUCUGUGCCCAGCCUCAUCGGUCAUGGGAUCAACAGAGACAACAUGGAUGCUGCCCUCCUGGCCCUCUCUCUGAGCAUAGAAGAGUACAAGCCUCAACUCGGUUGCCUGGAGAGGUUCUUCAAUGAUGGCAAGGCUCCUGAUCCCAGCCUUCUCCCAGACCAUCUGCGUGUCCUUCCACACUGGACCCUGCUGCCGUUGAUGAAGGGGACACUUCCCUCCUACAUGAUAUACAUUCUGCUGCAGAGGCCAGUGAUACAGGGUGUCCAAGUGGAAGAUCCCAGCUUACCCAGCGGGAACAUCACCUCUCGGCCCAUACGGCAGGUAUUCUACGGGCUGCUGCUGGGUGAGAGGAAGGAAGUUGAGGAGUAUGACAGGGAAGACACGGACCUGACCAGCAGCAAGGUUAAAGCCGUCCUGCCCAGUGCUGCACGACAGCUGCAGCUACACAAGCUGGAUCAGGCUCCACAUCCAGUUCGGCUUGAGGUGUUUUUGGAGACCCUUGGUGUGUCCCAGUCCACUUUGAAUGGUGUCCCACCUCAUCUGGGACUUCCUGUGGCUGUUACCUACUACUGGCUGAGGCACGCCCAUCUCCGACCAGACCAUCCUCUCCUGCAGGCCCUGCUACUAGGACUGGUGUACGGAGAGCUCUGCAGACAGAGGAAGAGCCAGAGAGAGGAGGGACCAGUGUUGGAGAGGCUGAGAGGGCUGAUUCAGAGAGGUGCUAGGAGUCCAGACCUGGGUGUGGCCCACGCCUUUAGCCAAUGGCAGUAUUGCAUGAGGGAUGGCCUUGACCUGAACCAACUGCUGUGCUUCCCUCUACUGGAGCCUCAGUGUGCCUGGCUGUACAAGGGAACUAUGGUGCACCAGCUUGUGGCCAAACUGAGAGGGGGGGUGACCCCGGAUUCUCUCCUGAUGGAAGACUCUUCCUCUGAGCAGCUGUACAGAGCCAUGCUGGAAGCCAUACUCAACUCCCAUGAAACUGAGGCCACUGGACAACAGCCAUUGACUCAGCCCCGGUAAUAGGGUUAGAGGCAGAGAAUCCCAGUGGAGAGAGGGGAACCGGCCAGGCAGAGACAGCAAGGGUGGUUUGUUGCUCCAGUGCCUUUCCGUUCACCUUCACACUCCUGGGCCAGACUACACUCAAUCAUAGGACCUACUGAAGAGAUGAGUCUUCAAUAAAGACUUAAAGGUCGAGACCGGGUCUGCGUCUCUCACAUUGGUAGGCAGACCAAUCCAUAAAAAUGGAGCUCUAUAGGAGAAAGCCCUGCCUCCAGCUGUUUGCUUAGAAAUUCUAGGGACAAUAAGGAGGCCUGCGUCUUGUGACCGUAGCGUACGUGUAGGUAUGUACGGCAGGACCAAAUCGGAGAGAUAAGUAAGAGCCCAUUUAAUGCUUUGUAGGUCAGCAGUAAAAUGUUGAACCUUGAACAUCAAGGUUCAACAACCUUGAACGACCACUAUACAACCGUUGUGUUAUAGUGAGACUUGCAACAUUUUUACAUUUUAAUUGUUCUUAUUUGUGUACUGUUAAGAAUAGUAGGCCAAGGCCCAGUUUUCUGUGACAUGGGUAGGAAGGCCCCACUUACCUCCAUGCACACAUUCAUGAAGUAGUUUCACUUUCACUCUCACACGGAGCUUAAAGAAGAAUGAACAUCGAGAAGAGAAUUGACAUUUGAUUAAAGAAAAUAAGGAAAAAGUUUAAACAAUUAAUUUGGGAUGAGGUUUAUUAAAAUUAUAAUUCAAGGUUAAAUAUGUUAAAGGUUGAAAACAUUGUGAAUUAUACAUUGUGAAACAUUAAAGGGGAUUAAAGUAGUGCAGUAAAAUGGUUAAGAAUGUUAUAUUGUUGUUUUCUGUAAGGUGUGAUGUAUAUAGACUGUGUUUGUUAGAGGAGGAGGUUGAUAAUGUAACAGUGUUGGAGUGUUUAAAAUAGUUUAUGUUUAGAAUGUAAUGGAGUAAUAAAUUAGGUUGGAUUAGGAUUAGAAUUGAGUGGAAUAAGAAACCUUAAUGAUUUGAAAAUGUAUGUUUUAAAGGUGACUGAUAAUGGAGUACAUUAAGGCUAGCUCGAAUUGGAAAUCCCAGGCCAGAAAUAUUUAUGACAUAUUUCAUGUACAUGUUUUAAUGAAAGACUAGAAAAAUAAAUGUCCUAAAUGAAA